AUGACGUUACCAGAGUUUCUUAACCCGACGCCGGCCCAGGUGGCCGAACUAAGGCAGCUGUUCAAGGAGAAACUAGAUAAAGAUGCAGCAAAAGUUCCAGUCGGUGGCUUCCACGAGCAUGAUAUGAGGUGGGUUUUUGAAGGCGACGGUUGGUUAACAAAGUUCCUGGAGAACAAUGACCUAAACAUGAAGGAUUCGUUGAAGCAACUGUGGGAAACGUUGGAAUGGCGCAAAGCAUCGGGCAUCAAUGAUAUUCGCGAAGAUAAUAUACGGAUGGAAUACAUUAACGACGCAUUGAUGUAUCCCCGUGGACGGGACAUUGACGGCAAGACGGUGUUCAUCUUCAAAUCGAAGAUGUACGUACGGGGGACGCGCAAUUUGGACGACCUGAAGAAGUGCUUUCUGUACUGGAUCGAGCGAAUAAUUCGCGAAGCGAACGACGAUCUAGUGACGAUCGUGUUCGAUCUUACCGACACCGGUCUCAGUAACGUCGAUAUGGACUACACGAAGUACAUCAUUAACACGUUCAAAAACUAUUAUCCCUGCUCUCUGAACUACAUUCUCAUCUACGAUCUUCCAUGGAUUUUGAACGCCACCUUUCAAAUCAUCAAAAAACUCCUGCCCGCCAAAGCUGUCGACCGGUUACGGAACAUCAGCAAUAAAAAUAUUCGCGAGUACAUCGACGAUGACAACAUGCCACGGAGCUGGGGUGGCAGAGACGAUUACGUGUUUGAGUUCAUCCCCGAGAGACGGAAAUCGAUGGAGUUACCGCUAAUGCAGAACGGUAUGCCGAACGGGAUUCUCUCGAAAAAGGUUCACUUUGCCAACCUCAGCCCACCAGAAUCGCCAAUGCUUGAACAAGCGAACAGCAAUUUCCCGGAGAACAGCGAAGGUGAAAUGUUACGGAUAAAGCCACAAAACACCAUUACCUUCUCCAAAGUUGGCGGCGACUUGGUCGGCACGGUUGAAAUCACCAAUGUGGACACGAAGGAUGUAUCGUACAAGGUGAAAACUACUGCUCCGGAAAAGUUUCGGGUACGUCCCAGUACGGGAUUUUUGCCCCCAUCGGCAAGCGUUACGAUAAAUGUAAUGUUACAGCAUGGUCAACAAAUACAUACAAUCAAUAGAGAAAAAUUUUUGGUCAUGUGCAUUGGACUAACGAGUGAAAAUUCAACCAGUCCGCAGGAUCUAACCGAGCUUUGGAAGAACAUCUCCGCCAAGGAUGCAUCGGUAGAGCUGCAUCGUUUGAAGUGCGCGCUGCCCGUAAACUUUGACCAAAACGGGCUCGAACAGAUGUUCGGAAGUACGACCGGUAACAUCAGUGCUGGACCCGAUCAGUACGGUGUGAUGGGUGGAUCCUAUGGCGGUAGCAGCAUGAUGAAUAUGAGCGCGGAUAAGCAGAUGCAUCUGUUGCAGCAAACCAUUUCGCAUCUGAACGAUACGACACACCGGUUGGAGGUGCAGGUGAAACGGAAUCAUCGCUUCCAAUGGAUUACAUGCGUAUUGUUCGUGCUGCUCGCUAUAGCCAUCGUGUACAUACUGAAAAUAGAGAUAAAGAGCAAUGCUUCUGAGUAUUGCAGCGUGGCCGACAGACAUCAUUGA